GACCUGGUGAUCUCCAGGGCUGUGAGGAUGGAAGACAUGCAUUUAUCUAAAAUGUCAUGCAUUUGUUUUAAUCCCAAAACACUUUGAGUCCAAAAGAUCUGCAACUACAGAAGACCAAGAGUGGACAUAUUAAAUUAGGAGCAGCGAUUCUAUCUCCAAAUUUGGUGGGAUAUUAUUUUUCUGAAGAAAAAAAAAAAAGGAAACUGCUGUAGAUAAAUCUCAAUGAAAGACUGGUUAUUUCAGUUCUAGGUCCAGUGAUAAGUCUGGUAGAUUAGAAAGGCCGUAUAUAAAACAGAUUUGAGUCUGACAGCAUUUUUGACAACCCUUGUAAGUAGCGGGAGAAACAAAACACUAUUUUUGGCCCAGCGUUGUGGGACAGUUGUUUUGUUUUUAGGUGUUGCUAUGACAAUAGUGAGGCACAGAAGCAGUAAUGUGGGGUCUGAAAGACGCCGGAGGUGGUGUUGGUGAGUUUGAGAGAGGAUAGGCAAAGAUUUUGGAGCUAUUCAUCGACCGUGGCAGCCGUGGACAUUGACAGAGGAGCUUGAGGGGCGACAGGAGAUUGGCAGGCUCGUCGUGUUUGAGCCCUGUGGUUAUAGCUGGUCGGGUUCUGGACAUCUUUUGUUUACACUGAACUGCAGAGGCAGCCCCAUCUCCCUUUGAGGCACACCAAGAAUCUACAGUACUCUCCACGCUCCUCUAAUGCGUUUUGAGAAUGGAUGAUACGCAGGACGGGGUUCAGAUUGGAGAGAACAAGUUCGUCAGCAAGGUCACAGUCCUUUCUCAUCUCAAAACAUACAACCUUUAUUUUGAAGGACAGAAUCUGCAGCUACGUCACAGAGAGGAAGAGGGAGAGCUAAUUGUUGAGGGCUUGCUAAAUAUCUUUUGGGGCCUGCGGCGACCGAUCAGGCUCCAGAUGCAGGAUGACCACGAGCGGAUCCGGCCGCCUCCCUCAUCCACGUCCUGGCACUCCGGCUGCAAUCUGAACAGUCAAGGUUCCCCCAACGGCACAGAAGCUCAGGAGAUGACAGAGCAGAGUCCACCCACUGUGGAAAUUAUACCACCUGACAGUCAUGAAGAGAACGACGGCGAGGCCGAGGAGCAAACAGAAGAGGACAAUGAAAGCUCAGCGCAGCUCCUCAGGACAAAAAGUGAUGCGGGCGUGUUGAGACGAGGUCAGCGGAGGUCACCGAGCGACCAGAGGAAAAUCAGGCGCCAUCGAUUCUCCAUCAACGGACAUUUCUACAACCACAAGACAGCAGUCUUUACACCUGCGUACGGCUCAGUCACUAAUGUCCGGAUCAACAGCUGCAUGACGACGCCGCAGGUGCUGCGAGUUCUGCUCAACAAGUUUAAAAUUGAAAACAGUCCAGAGGAUUUUGCGCUGUACCUCGUCCAUGCAAGCGGAGAGCGAAUGAAGCUGAAACGGACCGACUUUCCUCUGGUGCUGAGAAUAAUGCAGGGUCCAUGUGAUCAGGUCUGCAAGGUUUUCCUCAUGGAAGAAGAUCUGGGUGAAGAAGUCACAUAUGAUGUGGCGCAGUAUAUCAAGUUUGAAAUGCCUGUUCUGAGGAGUUUCAUCACCAAACUGAAGGAAGAGGAGGACAGAGAGGUUCAGAAACUCAGGACAAGGUAUAAUUACCUGCGGUGUAUAAUUGAAAAGCAGCUCAGAUGUCUUCCAGAAGCAGCAAAGUGUAUGUGAUCUGCUGGCAGUGAGGACUCCUGUCCAACACACCAAGCUGUGAAUCUCUCCCAGUGUCAAGUCCUCCCAUCUGUGAUCAGCAGCGAGACACCGGCGACAUCCUGCUCUCCCUACGUCCUGCAGCCCAGUCAGCAUGCAAACAUGACUUUAACAUGCUCAAGUGUGUGCAUGUUAAAAGGUAUGAGGACUCACAUCGUUUCAUGUGGACCCGGUCACCUUCUCUGUUCGCUGUUGUAGUGUUCAUAAUCUCGUACAGUGGACACACAAUGACAUUCCUCUUCUCCUGGGUGAUUUUAAUCAUUUUAAUAGCACAGAAUGAGCCUAAACUGUUCCGCCUUUUCAUCUUCCCUCCAGAGAAUAUUUAAAUCAAUUUGAAGCACAAUUAUUAUGUCUUACAUUCUAAGUAGAGUGCCUCUGUAAAGGUUUUUCCAAGCACAUAACACAAACCUUUAAAAUGUUAACGUUAUUUGCAAAAAAAAAAAAUCCUACGUAAAUUCUUGGAUCUUCAACGUGCUCAUCACAGCAGAACCAAAUCAAACCAGGCAGUUUUCAUGGACACGGUGACGACUAGUGAUCACGGACGCUGACGCCACUUCGUCCCACCGGGUGCUUUUCUAUUCCUUCCUGUCUGGGAAUUGGCAUGAUCCAGGAGUCUUGUGAUGCAGUUCAAAAACGGAUUUGCAUUCAGGAAAAACUUUCAUCUGGUUUUCUUUUCAAGAGUUGGAUGUUUAGUGUGCAUGUGUGUGUAACCAUCACCAGCAGCUGGUAAGAGUGGAAACGGGGGGAAACCAGCAGCUUGGAUAUGUCCAAAACUGACCAAAACACCACUUUCCUCACUGAUUAACACAUUUAUCCCACUUGUAAAAAGCCAAAUUGUGAAAAUUAUAUGUUGUGGUUCUGCAGUGGUUUGUGUUGAGGGCUGGAUCAUAGUAUGACACAACCUUUGCAAAGACAAGGUACCGUGGAUUUACAUUUUUGUGAGAAUUUAGCAAACAAAUGUGUUAAUUGGUUACCUGGUAUCGUAAACGCUGUUGUUUAAUUAUGACCACACACAAUGUUAUCUAAUCUUCUCAUCAAACUCAUGUUCAUUUAAAGAAAGAAAAUAACAUUUCAAUCUAAAAUGGCAAAAGUUAUGAGUUAUGAGCCGUAAUACCGGAUUUCUUCACACCCAACCGAGUGACGCAUAACAAACGAUACAAAAAUAAAAUCCCACCAGACUGUGAAUUAUGCUGAUGAGCUUGUAAGAAGAAUGUUUUAAAUGUAUGAAUGAGCAUUUGGAAGCAGCUCGCCGCCUCUACGUGUACAGCACUUUGCAUUUGGCUGCUUUUAUCUGUGUGCACACAUCGGUUCAGUAUUUUGGACAACGCUCUUUAAAUCUCCCAAAACGUUACACGGUAAACGUCAGACUGAUUGUCUGCUUCACUCUGAGAGCAUGCAUGAUAUAUUUUUUGUGACUUUCAAAAACUUGCCUGCUUUUAUAUUCUUUUACAAAAUACUGAAGACAUUUUGGGCUUUAAAAUGUGAACUUGUUGGGGAAUCUUUUUUUCUCAAAUAGUGAUUGUUAUUUAAUAAAUAAAAUAAAAAGGUGUCUUGGAAUAAGAUGUGUACACGUGU